UCCAGGAAUGAGUGCACCUGAGCAUAGCGGUUCUUAGUAGGUGGUUUCAGAUCCGCCUACCAUAGCGCUUCUGGCGGUAGGUAGGCUCAGUGAGCGUUCUCUUCGAUAGUCAGCCAUUUUUAGGCGGCCCGAGGAAGGCAUACAUUGUAGUUAGGUGCACCUGUUUGCCGACCAGGACGUGCUAAAUCGGCGGCACGCGGGAACAUGGCCUGUGCGAGAGGGGCGAAGGACGGAGCCAUGGACCUGGGUAACUCACGGCUCCGGAAUGGCGGAGACCUACAGGGACCAGAGGAUGAAGCCAGCAGGUCCAUCCUGGUGUCCCACAUCCCUGAGGGUGUGAACAGGGACAAACUGGAGAUACACUUCAUGAGAGCAUCUAAUGGUGGAGCAGACAUUGAGUCUGUCACCAUGGUAACAGACACAGAGGCAAAGAUCACCUACCUGGAUGGUACAGCUGUGGAGAGAGUUCUGGAAAGGCCUCAUGUCCUGAAUGGUGUUGAAGUAAAAGUUCAGAAGUGGACUCCUCCUGAAGAUAAUACAAAGCAACUCAGUGCUACUGCAGAAGGAGCCAGCAGGUCCAUCCUGGUGUCCCACAUCCCUGAGGGUGUGAACAUGGACAAACUGGAGAUACACUUCAUGAGAGCAUCCAACGGUGGGAGUGAGAUUGAGUCUGUCACCAUGGUAACAGACACAGAGGCAAAGAUCACCUACCUGGAUGGUACAGCUGUGGAGAGAGUUCUGGAAAGGCCUCAUGUCCUGAAUGGUGUUGAAGUAAAAGUUCAGAAGUGGACUCCUCCAGAAGAUAAUACAAAGAAGGUCAAACAAGCCAUCAGGUCCAUCCUGGUGUCCAACAUUCCCAAGGGAGUGAACAGGGACAAACUGGAGAUCCACUUCAUGAAAUCAUCCAACGGUGGGGGCGAGAUUGAGUCCAUCACCAUGGUAACAGACGCGGUGGCAGUAAUCACCUACCAGGACAGUGCAGCUGUGAAGACUGUUCUGGAAAAGCAGCAUGUUCUCAGUGGCAAGCAACUAACUGUUGAGGAAGAGGCUGACCCAGAGGUUUUUGAUGAGGUCCAUGCCACAGUUGAUCCUAAAGUGGCUCAUCUCAUACCUCAGGAUCUGAUAGACAAGGUUAAAAAGGAAACAGGCAUAAAGUGGGAAAAGGAUGUAGUUAAAGGCACCUAUAAACAGGUGGCAGAUGCACAACAGCUUCUCCAACAGUAUUUGGAACAGCACUGCAAACAAAUGCUGGAAUCAACAAAUGAUUCAACCACCACGACUCACAAGGAAAGCAAGACAGCCAACGACAAGGAGCAGACUCCUAAUGAUCAUCCUAAAGGGACCAAGGCUGUGGAAAGGAAUUUUAAAAUAACUGGCUUGGAUGAUGAAAGCCCAGCUUAUGCAGACAUGGAUCCACAAAGCACAAGUAUGAAACCACCAGAUGAAGCAGAAGUCCAUCUAAAUCCCAACACUGUCAAGGGCAGAGCAGACUACAAGGAAGGAACAGAAAGGGAUGGAGAAAUGUCGCCUGGACCUACAGCAAGCAAUUGGGAUGCCUCUGGUUCUCUAGAAAGUGACCACAAAGUCAAAGAAGAAGACAACAAGGGCUCUUCAUCCCAAGACGGGAAUAUUGAAGAAGGUCACACGGAACAUGAUGAGGCUACAGGGAGAGAGGAGGAUGGACAGCACCCACAGCAGACUGGUGAACAGGUAGAGGAUGCUGCCAAGAGUUCUUCCUCAUCAGAUGGUCAACAGAUGUCGACAUUGGCCCCUAGUACAUUAAAUGUAGAGGGAAGCUCAAGAGGAAGUGCAGGAAAAGAUGAGGACAUGGAAGCCACCACAGCAGCAGAGGAACCAGAGGAAAUGGAUACAGGAGAAUCACCCAAUUCUGUUCAUGCUAACUCACCAAUAGGUCCACUUUCCGAUGAUGAUGAGUCAAUGCCAAGUGAUGACGAUGAGCCACAAACUCCAACCUCCAGCAGUAGCAGUCUACCUGAAAAACCCAGAAAAGAUGCACCUGCAAGUCCUCCAAAUGAUGUUGCCAACAAUGAUGUAAGGAGAGAGAAGGAUGAAAGGCACUCACAAGAAGGUCAACAGGUAGAAGAUGCUAACAAGGGCUCUCUUGUUUCAUUUCAUAAUGCAGAAGCCUCCUCCACAUCAAAUAAUGAGAAGGAUAAGAGGUUGCAAAUGGCCUCUGGUACAUUAAAUGGAGAGGGAAGCCCAAGAGGAAGUGAUAACUUGGAAGCCUCCACAGCUGCUGAGAUGGACAAUAGAAACACAAUGGAAACAGAAUAUGCACCUGAUUCUGUUCAUGGUGACACACCACCACAGCCACUAUCUGAGAAUGCUGAACCAAUGUUAAGUGACAACGAUGGCCCACAAUCUUCAACCUCCAUCAAUACCAGUCCACCUGAUAUAUCAGAUGGAGAUGGAAGCUCAAGAGAAAAUGCAAAAAGAGAUGUAGCCACCACAGCUGCAGAGAAAGUGGAUACAAAAGUUGCACCUAAUUCUGACAAUGAUGAACAGUUGUCAAGUGGCAACAAUGACCCACAAACUCAAAGCUCCAAGAAUAGCAGACUACCUAAAGAGCCCAGAAAGGAUGUUCCCUCAAAUACUCCAACUGAUGUUGCCAACAUUGAUGACCAAGUGCCUGGAGACCAGACCAUCACAAGAGGUAUCCAGGCUAAAUCUGUAGACCCUGUGAAAGAAGAUGAAAAUGACUCGAGGCCCACUCACAAUGAUGCUUCUCCCGAUGAUCCCACAACUACAAACACAGGUUCUCAAAGACACGAGUUGCCAAGCAAAAAUGAUGCUGAAGCCAGACAGUCACAAGGCUCCAAGAAGCAAAGGAACAAGGCCUUUUACAAGGAGAAUCUGGGCAAGAAUUUCAUGCAAGUUUACCAUCUGUCUUCGGGGGCAACUGGUGCAACAGACAACCUUCCUACAGGCAAAGAGCACAAAGCAGGUAGUGCUAGCAGCACUGGGUCAGGUCAAGAGGACAGCUCUCCAUUUGAAGUGUUUGUAGACCCAGAUAUUCUAACUUACAUACGCCAUAAGUAUCAUGCAGAGAUAUCAGAUAUUGGCAAAAGGUACAAGUCUGUGUUUCAUACAAGCACUGAUAACACACAAGCCUGCUUUUCCCGGGCAUCACCUUCUGUGGGAAAGGAUCCUGAACCUGAGAAGGCCAUUGAUGAAUUCAUCACACUCUACCAGCAAGUCUUCAGCAGGAUGAAAUGCGAGAAUUUUGAUGUUGCUCAGUACAAGUUUGCCCCUACGUAUCUUUUAAAUGGUGUACGAUCAAUCAGGGGUAGCCAUAAUGAAGUGCUCACAAAUGUCAAUGAAGAUAACACAACAGUGACGUUCAUGGGUGAACCAGAGAAAAUAAGGGAGGCAAGAACAGCCUUCUGUGGUUUAAUGGGCAUCUCCAUCUCAAGAAACCCAAGAAGAAGAGGCAACAGACCAACCACAAGCACAGAGUCUGCAGGAGGUAGCACAGAUGCACCAAAGGGGGCUAAAGGUGGACAAAACUCCCCAGAGCCUGUACUUCUCUACACCCACACCUUCGAGCAGGGGGUUGAAGUAAAAGUUGCUCAUGGAAACAUCACAACUCUGAACGUGGAUGCCAUCGUCAAUGCAGCCGAUGGGCAGUUGAAGCAUGGAGGAGGGGUGGCAAAGGCCAUUGUGGAGGCAGGAGGGUACAUCAUACAAAAGGAAAGUACAGAAAAGAUGAAGACCAGGGGUUUUCUCAAGCCAUCAGAAACAGAGAUCACAGGAGCCGGCAGCCUACCAUGUAAGAACAUCAUACAUGCACAUGGGCCAAAAUGGCAGGGGGCCAACCAAGCCACGUGGUGUACAGAAAUGCUGACAAGAACAUGCAUCAACAUUCUACAUGCUGCAGAGGGACUGAAAGCAGAGUCUGUUGCCAUACCAGCAAUCAGUUCAGGUAAAUAUGCCAUGCCAAAGGAGGACUGUGCCCAAGCUCUGCUGUCAGGUGUGCUUCAAUACCUCUCCACCAAACGUGCGCCUUCCUGCAGUCUGAGGAAAAUCUGGUUCAUCGACAUGACUGAAGAUACCAUCCAAGUGAUUGCAGAGGUAUUUGCCACAGAGAUAUCUUUGUUCCUCCAAUCACCAAGUGGGUAUGGAAAGGCAAAGUCUAAACCUACAGUAAAGCAAAGUCAAGAAGCAAGCCAGCCACAAGUUAGCAUCCCUUCACACCCAAAGACCUAUGCAUCUGUUGCUGCAAAUGGAGGCAGUAAGGCAAAACUAUCUCCAGCAACUGGUCAUUCAUACAGAAAUGAUUCAAGCCAAGUGGCUGCUGCCCUUGGGAGGGGGCAUGGCUUUGCCCAACAUGUGAUCCAGGACAGAAGCAGCCUGCAGGGAAAAGGUGGAGCAACAGGUGGUGGAAACAAUGGCACAACAACAGGGAUGGCUAUCAGAGACAAAACGUCUGGACAGCCAAACACUGAAAAGGACAAGAAUGAUGAAGAGUGCCCCAUUUGCCUGACAGUGCCAACAAAGCCGACUUCUCUUCCCUGCAAAAACCAAGGCUGCAAGGCUGUGUUCUGCAAGAAGUGUCUGGACAAGGCAAUGGAUACAAAAUCCUGCUGUCCUGUCUGCAGUGCUGUUGUUGGAAAACUGAUGGGCAACCAGCCAGAAGGGAGCAUGACAGUUACCUACAACAGGAAAAUGAAGCUUGAAGGCUAUAAACAAACUGGAGCCAUCAUCAUCGAAUAUGUCUUUACAGGUGGAAUUCAAGGGCUAGAGCAUCCCAACCCAGGCAAGCCUUACACAGGAACAACUCGCAAAGCGUACCUUCCGUACAAUCAUGAUGGUACAAAAGUGCUGGGUCUGCUGGAAAAGGCCUUUGCCCAGAAACUGACCUUCACCAUAGGGACUUCAUCCACAACAGGACGCAGCGACACAGUCAUUUGGAAUGACAUUCAUCACAAGACCAGCACAUAUGGAGGAGCAAGCAUGCAUGGCUAUCCUGAUCCUGGCUACCUGAAAAGGGUGACGGAGGAGUUGGCUGCCAAAGGCAUAAAGUAGUUAAGGCAGUUAAAUAAUCAACUUCAACAUACCGAAAACACUUGCCAAUGUAUAACUUUAAAGUUAGAUGAACAAAGAAUUUUUAUGAAACAGUGCUGUAAAUAAAAAUUAAGACAAACUACUUUGUGCAUUAGGAGCAAAUGUACAUGUUGUACCAUCACAACAAUUUUCCCCAUAAGGUUGAAUGUUUAUGUUGUAAUACUUGUUUUUAGAUCAGACUGCCUCAUAUUUUGUUAUUUGCAUUCAGGAUAUACAUGAUUGUAUGCAACAAUCAUAUAUUUGCCCAUAUCAUUUUUGCUUCAUUUUCUGUUCUUCCUCUCCAAAUAAAUAAGGGCAGUGACAAGGACCAGAUAGCUGUCACCAUAGUAACUGGUGCUGUAGUAGACACCCUGUGGUGUUGGAUGACACUAUGUAGCAAGUGACUGAGGACAGAGUUGGAAGGACUGAACAUCAUAUGUAUGAAUAUGUGUCGAAUGUGUUGAAUGAAUAAACAGGGCAGUAGUUUGCUAGGCUAGACUAUGUGAAUGUAAACAUCAAUUUGUAUUUUCUUAGCAAAUGUUGCCUUCUACUUUCAAUUCAUCAUCGCAUUGGCAAUUUUCUGCCAGUCUCCUGAACACAGCAGACAGAUACAAAUCAAAGAACUAAUUAAAGGUUUCAGUAAGCAGAUGACAGUAACAUAAAUUUGAUAUGAAAGCUAUUUCUUGUUUGAAAUUUUGAAGUGGGAGUUUUAAGGUGCUUAUGGCUACAGCAUAGAAUUAGCAAUGUUGUGAAAACAUGAAUUUGGUGGCAUUCCUAUUAAACUAUGCAAUCCAGGACCUCAUAACUUUGCCAAAUGAUGUUGACCUUUUUGAAUUAUAAGUCUUUGUGUUUCUCAUUGGUACGGAACCAACAUCCUCUUUGCAUGAAUUAUAUCAGUUGAGCAUAUUUUCCACCCAAUGGCAAUCUUAUCUUAGCAAAGAGAGCUAUUGUUAUUUGCUCAUAAAUUAUGCAAAUAUAGUCCAGAUUUGAAUAAGUCAAUAAAUAGGUUUAAUGAUGUUCACAUUCACUUAUAAAGCUUCCAAAUGCCAUGGCCCGUGGCAGGGGCAUGAAAUUUUCAACAUUUACUGAAAUUAUAGCAUUUCCUCUUCAACCAUGCUAGUUGAUUUUUCAUUUAUACAUUUGACCAAUCUCAUUAAUGUUAUGCUAUAGGUAUUGGUGCGCCAGCCACUUUCAUUUUAUGUUUAUGUUAUACUUUAUGUCAUCUUUAUGUUAACAUUUGUAUUAUGUUUUAUGAGCAGCGGAGUCACAUAAGCACAAGUG